GCCCCGUGGUCCAAGCGCCUGCGGAGAAACGGGCCAGUCGGCUCUCGGAAAUCCGAUCCUGAAAGGAGCGAUCCAGGCCUGGGACUUCUGGGAGGGUAGGCCUGAGGGACAGUUGGGGCUUUUAACCCACUGCAGGAGUCCAGCCGGGCUGGGGGAGCGGGGUGAUGGCGCUCUCUCUGCAAUGAGUACGAGUUGGGACUGAGGGCACCUGGGUGUGCGGUACAGAGCGCUGUGGUGGGGAGAUCCAGGCCGGGUUUUGACUCCUCCGGCGGAGGGGGAAAGCGAGAAGCUACAAUGCUGGGCGAGCAGAAGAGUGCGUACUAUAGCAGCGGUGAAGCAGAUGCAAGCUCGACUUGGGGUUUCUCCCACCAGCCCCAGCCUCAAAACACACCUCCCUGGAAUGGAGAACAAGUAAGGCAUCUGUACUUGGGCAGAGAGACAGAGGCCCAAGUAUGUCUUGGGAAGAGGAGAAGAGACAUACAGACAACCAGAAAGGGGCUUGGUGACAUCAGGGCACAGCAGCAUCACAGGAACGUGGAAAGAGGACCAGCAAAGAGACAGAGGAGACAUCCCCACUGGGGGACAGCCAAGCCAGCUGAGCAGGAAGAGGCAAGAGGCACAGCCAGAGACAUAUGCCCUUACCUAUAUGGGGGCCUAGGGCUGGGGGUGCUUCUGUUCCUCGUCAUGGUCAUUCUGUCCGUCUGCCUGUGUCGGCUCCGUGGGAGAGUGAGGAGGCUGGAGAGGAGCUGGGCCCAGCUCUCGCAACAGGAGCUCCACUAUGCGUCCCUGCUGAGGCUGCCUGAACGGGAGGGACCUGACCUCGGCAACCAAGAAAGGGAAGGCAGCAAGGAGGACCCCAGCACGGACUAUGCCUGCAUUGCCAAGAACAAACCGGUCUGAGCACCCCCAGACGCCUCGUCCAACCCAGGCGGUUGGUCAGGGCCAUGCUGUAAAGACCAGUAAACACCCAGUAAAGACCAUGGUCUCGCCA